ACCAGAGCAAGUGCGACAUUAGGACAGAGAGGAGAGACGGAGAUUUGGUGUUGUGCUGCACGACUGUACCUGUGUUUGAUCAUUUCUGCAGAAAUCGUUCACAAAAUCAUCAUGCCGGUGGAUCUUGGUCAGUGGACGGGAGAUCUGGCGCUUACUGAGGUGGAUGAAAAGCCGGGCAGAGCUCUGACAGUGAAAUACGGCUCACUGGAGAUCGACCAGCUGGGCAAAGUUCUCACCCCCACCCAGGUGCAGAAUCGGCCCACGCUGAUCGAUUGGGAGGGCUGCGACUCCGGCAAGCUGUACACCUUAGCCAUGACUGAUCCGGACGCCCCCAGCAGGAAGGACCCCAAAUUCCGGGAGUGGCACCACUUUCUGGUGGUGAAUAUGAAAGGAAACGACGUCUCCAGCGGCUGCGUGAUGUCCGACUACGUGGGUUCUGGUCCGCCCAAAGGAACCGGUCUGCAUCGUUACGUCUGGCUGGUGUACGAGCAGCCCGGCGCUCUGAGCUGCACCGAGCCCGUCCUCACCAACCGCUCCGGGGACAACCGGGGCAAAUUCAAGAUCCAAAACUUCCGCAAGAAGUACGGCCUGGGCGCCCCGCUGGCCGGGACCUGCUACCAGGCCGAGUGGGACGACUACGUACCCAAACUGUACGAGCGGCUCGCCGGGAAAUAGAGCCGUUAUGACUGACGUUAGGGGUGUCGGGGGUGGGCGGUACGACUCGAUUUAUCCUCUCAUUUAUUAUUUUGGGUUGGGUGGGUUCUAUGGUGAUGAACUGUAGUGGUCGGCAGUUCUACGGUACUGGAAGUUAUUUACUAACACAGAGGAACACGCUAUACUUUCUGUAUUCCUCCACUAGACAUAAGUCAAUCUGAUUAGUUCUGAUGCGCGUGUUUGACCUCAGAACCGGAACAGGCCUGUAGCAUUGCUGAACCUCAGAACCCCAAAACCAGGUCUCCUGGUUUUGGGGUUCUGAGGUUCAGCAAUGCUACAGGCCUGGUCCGGUUCUGAGGUCAAACGCGCAGAUAAACGUUCUCGGUCGUAUCGUCCACCCUCACAGGACAUCAAGACAUAUCUUAAAGUUACAAUUAAAGUAAUUAAUCAAUAUUAAUCUCCGAGCUUCACCAAGACCUGCCUUCUUCUUACCAACGUCCAGCACUUAAGAGAUAAAAAUGUGUUUGUUUUUCGUUCCUAUGGAUGUAAAUUUGAUUUCAUGCACUGUGGGAAAUGUAGUCCCUGCUGAAUAAACCCAGACGUGGUACGUGC